GCGCCUGUUUGGGCUCCGAGCACUCAACGACACGCCGGCCAUCAACGCCAGGCACCACCACCGCCUCGCCGCACCCGUCGGCGGAGAGACGCAGCUCACGCCCUCCCCGCCGAAACUGCUGAACCGCCGCGGCCAUGUCGAGCGUCGACGAGACCGUUGCCAACGUGCAGCGCAAGAUUGACAGGGAGAAGGCCCUGAUCAAUGCUGCCAAUGCCAUGCGCCAGUCGACCAACAACCCGGCCGUGCUCUCGCGCCUGGACGGGCAGAUCAAGGACGGCCGCCGCAACAUCGAGUACUUCGAGUCGAAGCUGCGGGACUUGAGCGUGCAGCGCACUGCGGCAGGCGUGGAGAACAUGAGCCUGCAGCAGCCAGGUGGGUCGGGCUCUCGAAAGGCGAACAACCCGCUGACUCCCCCCCCCAAAGAUGGCUGGAACGGCUACAUGUCGAAUGAACAGGAGGGCUAUGGCGGGCAACAGGGCCAGUAUGGCGACCUCAGCGCCGGCAAAGGGCUCAUGCCACCACGCGCCCCAUAUGCCCCGCCAGCACCCGGCGCGCCGAACAAGAGGCCCAACUACAGCAAGCUCGACCUCAUCCGCUAUGACACGCAGCACCUUGGACCCCGCAUUCAGCUCAUGUUGUCUCAGCUCGAGUUCAAGCUUAGUGUCGAGAAGCAGUACAAGGACGGAAUCGAGAAGAUGGUGCGCCUGUACCAGAUGGAGGGUGACCGCAAGAGCAAGCAGGACGCAGAAGCCAAGCGCAUUGAGAGUAACCAGAAGAUCCAACUGCUAAAGCACUCCCUCAAGCGGUACGAGGAUCUGCACGUGGACAUCGAUGGCGCAGACGACGGCGAUGGUAAAGCUCUAGACCAUCUGCACACAACUUUGACUGACAUCCAUUGUAGAUGACAGCCUGAGCGUACCCAGCCAGAGGAAGCCGCUGAGCGGUCACCUCUCCCUAACAGUCCACGCGGUCGCCGAUGUUGACCACGCAGCUACCGGUCGCUUUAGUCGAGGACCCGAAACCUUCAUCAACAUCAAGGUCGAA